GAAACACUUUUUAACAUCUGCAACAAGAUUUAGGUGAGGGGUUUGUCUACAUGCCCCGGGAAGAGAGAGAGAAUAUAAUCUGAAGUGUAUCUUGAUCUAGGGUUUCUCAUCAUCAACACAGACCAAACCUCCAUGCUUGAUUAGAAAUAAUUAAGUAGAAUUCAUCUUGUCUUUUAUCUCUUUCCAUGUCAAACUAAAGGAUUGAUCUACCCACUUCUUCCAAAUCCUGUAUCUAGUUAAGCCUAGAACCUUCAAACUAUCUCUUUCUUCUGAAAUUAUAAAGAAUGAUCUCAACUAUGGAGGGAGGUGGGAAGAUUGAUAGAGAAGAAGAAGAGGAGGAGGACGAAGGAGAAGGCCACGAGAGUAAGGCUUCCAGCAAUAGUACAGUGGAAGAGAGUGAUAAGAAGACAAAGGUUAGACCUUAUGUGAGAUCUAAAGUCCCUCGACUCCGGUGGACUCCUGAUCUUCAUCUUCGUUUUGUCCGUGCGGUUGAGAGGCUUGGAGGUCAAGAAAGAGCAACACCAAAGUUGGUUCGCCAGAUGAUGAACAUCAAAGGGCUUAGUAUCGCUCAUGUCAAGAGCCAUCUACAGAUGUACAGAAGCAAGAAGAUAGAUGAUCACGGUCAAGCCAUAUCUGAUCACAAACAUCUAUUCGAGACUUCCACAGAUCGAAAUAUCUAUAAACUAAGUCAGCUACCAAUGUUCCGAGGCUAUAAUCAUAACAAUGAUUCUCCAUUCAGAUAUGGAAGUAAAUUUUCGAAUGCGUCCUUGUGGAGUUCUAGCUCUCACGAAACAAACCGGAGUUUGAUAGACCAAAUCAGACCCGGUUUAAUCCGCAGCUCAUCGGUUAGCAAUAAUAUCCGUGGUAGUGAAUAUUGGACUAACAACAGGUCUUUCCAAAACAUCUACUCUUCUUCGGUCACUAGCCACUCACCGAAACUAAGACACGAUCAUCAAGAACGGACCAAUUCAGCCAGCAUUCAAGGACACUCAAGAACGUUUCAGAACGGCGUUGAAGAGAACACUAAUAUGCAUGGUUAUUGUAACAAGACAACGGGAAAAAGAAACGCAAGUACGAGCACUGAUCUCGAUCUCGAUCUCUCUCUUAAGCUACGACAACCCGAGAAGACAGUUUCGGAAGAGACAGAAUCAGCAGCAACAACAACGGAUCAAACGUUGUCCUUGUCGCUAUGUUCGGGGUCGUCUGCAUUGAAAAAGAGCCGACUGAUCAAAACAGACGAAGAGGAUCGGACGGUUAAGAUUGGUGGUCAUCAGGCAAGUACUCUGGAUCUGACUCUAUGAAUUUUAUAUAGUUAAGAAUGAGACAAAUUCUAAGUGAGAUCUUGAGGUACUUAUCCGAUAUAUUUUAAUUAUUCAUCAGUGUCCUUUGUUGUUGUUAAUCAUUUCUGUUUUUUUAAGUAUUAUUAGAAAGGAAACAAAACGGUCUUGAUUAUAUUAACCUUACUGAGUUUGUUUGAUACCGCCAAUUUGUAUCAUCACCAUAUAUAAACAAAUGUUACUAGCUAGACAAUGAUUCGAUUUGUUGUU